AUGUUUUGUUUCCUUAUAUUUUUUUCCAUAUUCCUCGUGAAAUUCCACUCUCAAGCAUUUGGUCCGCGUGCACUGAACAUAGAAACUUGCAAAAAUCAGUCACAAUACAGCUGGAUAGUAUCGAUUCAACGGAAUGAGAGUCACACUUGCAAUGGCUUGAUCCUGGGAAGUAAUGCCAUUCUCACUACUGCGUUAUGUUGCACGGAAAAACUGGAAUGCUCCGAAAAAGGACCCAACCCGCAUCUCCGAAUUUUAAGCACGGUCGCUGCCAAAACAGGCUUUCCAUCAAAAGAGACCUGUAGAAUAGCUGAUGUGGCGAGAUGCGUUUUGCAUCCUAGCUACGUAAAAAAGGAUUACUUGAUCGAGUUCGAUUACGCGGUUAUAGUUUUAACUGAUAAUUUAGCAUCCUACACGAUAGCUCCUUUUUACGAGGACAAGCAAUCGAAGGAGGAUUUCUCGAAAUAUUGUACCAAUGCGAUGGUCACCGGAUGGUGGUAUCACUUCAAACAGGAACUACCAAACGCCCCACUGGAAUGCUUUCCGGUCACCGUCAGACACAUGAAACGAUGUGAAGAAGUUGCGACGUUUGUCUAUCUCAGAAGGCCGAAAAAUAUCACUUUGACUUGCAGCUACGACGCUUCCAACAGAUACGAGGUUUGUUCCGGCUUUUAUGGAGCACCCUUAAUGUGUGCGGGAAAGGUGAUUGGGAUGAUUUCGCAUAAAUUCAAUUUCUCAGAACAGUGCGUUCAGGUUUCCCCCUUCUAUUAUGCCAGGAUGGAUUGGUGUUACGAAUUCAAGAAUAGAUUCAUGACGAAAAACUCGCAAAGGGGAAGAAGAAGUUCUUUAGGUACUGACGAAUGUCCUGGUUCAGAAAAAUGUGCGUCCCUAGCCCUAUCCGGGAUGUCAUGCCUGAUGAUUCUUUCCUUCGCUAUGUGCAAUAUAUUGCUGUCAUUGGGCUGGUAUAAUAUUUCUUAA